AUGGAAAACUUUCCCAGCCAGCAUGCUUCACCUCCGCCAGUGUAUCAGGCCCCAACAGACUUGAACCAGGGCGGCCGUGGGAGAAGGAAUUGCGAGCAUAACGAGGGCAGUGCAACACCAACAACACUAGGGUCGUCGACAGGGGAGCGCGCAUCGCUCCCCAACUCCAAUAUGAGCUUGGUGACAGGUGCAAACUCGCCAUCUCCGCAUAAGCGGACAGCGUCGGUGACGUCGAUGGAAUCCUUGAGCUCCGACGAUAGCGCCGAGGCGAUUCUAAGGCCGCCGCAGCGUCAGCAGCGCAGCUACCCUGCGGCUGCUGCCUUGGAAAACAGCACCUACCCCACGGCCAACUUUCGGCGACCAACUCAGUAUAGUCCCCAGCCACCAUCAAAAGAAGUCGACGAAGGGAAAAAAAACUCGGCAACAACAACUGCAACAACAACAGCAGCCACAACCACCACCACCAUUUCCUCCGUCAAAGAUGCUCUGAUGCCGGCGCCAUCGGCGUUUGAAGAAACGGAGCAACCAUUUUCAAGGGACUCGAUUCUGUUCCCAACCAUCAGCGGAUCGCGACCUCAGCUGCCCAACAAUUCCAACCUCCUCGAGCUGUUCAACACCGAAAAUUUAUUGCUCGACCACCAAAUCGAAGUCUUGACCAGUGCCCAGCCGCUAGAUAUCGAAGAAUACAUCACACACUUGAACAAGCUAGGCACAAUCAUCUACGAAAACAAGUUCGACCAAAAGCACCAGCAGCGAUUAUUCAAUAAACUAUACUUGCUCAUGGAUAGUUUGGAAGAGUACGUGGACACGUCGAACCCGCUCACGUCGCAGCUUUACCUCCUUGUGGAACAGAAUUUUGACCUUUUCAUCAAACUUGCGACAAACUACAAGGUAAUGGCGAUUCUGACGGCCGCAAUUCGAUUUCUCACAACGGUGGUGAUGAACUUGAACUACUGGGAAAUCUAUAACCUUCUAAACUGGAAACCCGUGUUGUACCAUUUUCUCAACUUGAUCAACUUUGACUUGAAUGAAUCUUAUCGCAAGUUCAUUAGCGACUAUCAAAAUUAUUCAUAUGACCAAGUCCAGCAGCCGAUUGCAGCACCAAGAACUCGUACAAGGUUAAGAAGCAGAAAACGCAGACGCCUACUCGAUGAAGAAGAUAUGACACCAGAAGAGAGAGAACGCACUGAACGGUUUUUCUCCUUGAACCCUGACACAGCAGACCACGACAAAUACGUAGCUGAUAUUCUCUCGGGAGUCAAUAAGCAGAAACGGAAAUUCAGACCCGAUGUCAAACUCGAGCACCACAAAAUCAUCAAAAAGCCGCAACCACCAACGGAUAAACAGCUGAACAAAUCGAGCAAUUAUGACCCCGACGUCGUGCAUGAAUGUCAACUCCCCUCGGCUGAAGUUCCCCACAAAUUGUGCUUGCGCAGAUUCCUGAGGAAAUACGAGUUGAUCAGACACCAAGAAACCGUGCAUUCAAAGAAGAAGAAGUUAUUUAAAUGUUAUGUGUGUGUUAAGCAGAACCCUGGGGUUGGUCCACGUAUAUUUACGAGACAUGACACACUAGCCAAACAUAUACGAGUCAACCAUGAGAUUUUCGGAAAGGAAGCCAAGGCCGAGGUGGCUUACUCCAAAAAGCACGCUGAAGUUGUCGAAGAAGGUGACAUCACCGUUCAUGUCGGAAGAAGAAAAACCAAGGUUGACUUUGAAUUGAGGGCUCACAUGGACAAGAAUGGCGAAGAUGGUGAGGGAAUGUCGUAUCUUGAAACGAGCGAUUUGGAUUCCGGAGAUGAAGAGGUGGUUUUCAACAACAGAUAA